AUGGCCGAUGGUGGCUCGACUGGCUGGCCGGCCGGGAGCCCACCCCAUGUCCACGCCGUCUCGCUUGGAUUCGACAAGGGCCAGGACCAGGAGGCCACAGGCCCCUCCGGGACUGGCCCACUGGUGCUUGAGACCCCUGUCUGCAUGUCUGGGGCAAGGUGGAGAGGCAACAUCAGAUGGGUGGAUUUCUCAGUGGAGGAUGGCGCAGCGAUUAGCACAAAGUUCUAA